AUGGGAGUGCUUCAAAAUCUCUCGAGUGCUCCAGGCACGCUGGACCUCGCCCUUGACACCUACACUCUGAUUGGGGCCAUUCUCAUUGGAGUACUUGCCGUACCCGUGCUGCUCGUCCUCGUCGACUAUGUACGAGUACUGCGGAUCCGCCAGAGGCUGCCUCCGGGUCCUUUCCCGUUCCCGCUCGUUGGGAACUUCUUCCAGAUUCCGAAGCACAAGCCAUGGAUCGAGUUCGAGCAGUGGUCAAAACACUACAACAACCCGAUGUUCACCAUAUGGCAGGGCCACAGACCGACCAUCAUGUGCAACGAUAUCUGGACCAUCUCGGACUUGCUUGACAAGAGGGCGAACAUCUACUCUUCCCGACCGCAGAUGAUUGCAAUGGGUGACAUGAUCAAUGCAACGGAAAGCAAUCAAGUGUGUCUGGUCUACGGGGACAAGUGGCGCCAUCAUCGCCGUCUCAUGCACACAGCGACGGGGUCUCAGGCCAUAAGACCAUGGCGCGAGAUUCAGGCUAACGAGUCAAAGAUCCUCAUCCGCGACUUGAUGGACAGACCGGAUGACUUCGUCAUGUCCAUCGAGAGAUACUCGUGCUCGAUCGUAUCCAUAAUCGGCUGGGGUCGACGAAUCGACAAAAUCAACGACUACGUUGCGCAGAUGGCCCUCAAAGCCAUGGAAGGUGUUGACUUGAUCAUCCCGGGUCUGUUCCUUGUCGAGUCCAUCCCAAUCUUGAACCGACUCCCAGCGUGGCUGAGCUGGAUCUAUCCCAUGCCGAGGCAGGCAUUCAAAUUCGCACAACAUUUGCAACGCUAUUUUGUUGCGCUAUCCAAGGAAGGCGCUCAGAUGCCAGAAGAUAACUUUGCCAAACGCCUUUUCCAGGAGCAGGAGAAGAACAACAUCACCGACGAAGAGAUCUCCACUCUCACGUCUAAUCUGAUUGGCGGUGGUGUCGAUACCACUAGCGGCACCAUCAUCUCGUUCAUCUUGGCCAUGUGCGUCUUUCCAGACAGGAUGAAGAAAGCCCAGGAGGAGCUGGACCGAGUGGUUGGCCAGGACAGAGUCCCCGAUUGGAGUGACGAGCCUAAUCUACCAUAUGUUAAAGCCGUGGUUAACGAGACCCUGAGAUGGCGGACAGUCACCAUCCUGGGGGGCAUUCCACAUGCACCGACCCAAGACGACGAGUACAAUGGGUAUUUGAUCCCCAAGGGAACCCCCAUAACCGGCAAUGUCUGGGCCAUUCAUAGACACCCCAGGGAGUUCCCUGAACCCGACAACUUCCGACCAGAGCGAUUUCUGAACGGGCUAGAACGACCCUAUCCCAACAAGCAAGGCCACAAUGCAUUCGGCUGGGGCCGGCGGGUGUGUAGCGGACAGCCGCUCGCUGAGCAGGGGCUCUACCUCACCAUUGCGACCUUGCUGUGGGCGUUCGAUUUCAAGCCUGGACUGGAUGAGAAUGGUAAGGAGGUGAAGCUCGACAUCUUCGCGUACACCAAGAGUGAGAACAUGCGACCUGAGCCAUUCAAGGCUCGCUUCAUUCCACGAACGAAAGGCAUUGAGCAGAUCCUGCGCCAGGAAGCCGCGAGGGCGAGGAAGGAGCUUUGUGCUUAUGACGGCGAGACCAGAUUGACGAUGGAGAAUGUUGCCUAG